AUGGUAGCAAAACGCAAAUCCAACAUUAAUUCCGAAGCAUUGGCCAAUGAUGCUGGUCAUGUCUCCAAGAUCAGCCGCGCAUCUGCCGGGAGCCCGGAGGGUGCCAGCACGGGUCAAAGAUUCGGGGAGACUGCCCACUUCAUCCCACUGCCCCCUCUAUCGCAGAGCUUCGAGCUCGAUGGAGAUGACGAAGAGGCAGCUGAUGAAGUUCAAGGCUCCCAGGAUGAGUCUUCUUUGACCACCUUUAUCUUGUACGGCAUCCUAUCAACAAAGAUCGUCGGUGUUCGCUUCUAUCGGGGUCGUGCCAAUCCCGGUGAAAGUGUUCUUGUCCGUCGUGAAGCCAACAACCAGUACGAUCGAAAUGCCGUCAAGAUUGAGAAUGUCAUGGGUGCCCAGAUUGGCCACCUCCCACGGCAGAUGGCAGCAAAGCUAGCUCCUUACAUGGUACAUAUCCCCGACCCUGGCUAA